AACCUAAUCCGCCAUAAUGGAUCGAAUACAUCCUGACAAUUGACAGCCUCCCCUCAAGUGAGAGGGCGAUACAAGUCCCCACAGCAAAAUUCCGUUUCGCGCCAUCUUUCGAUCGAGCAGACAACCUCAAAACAACCCGACUCGCUCCUUCCAUUUAACUUUCUUUUCUAAAGAGGGUUUUGCUGUGGCUCAGCAAAGGCGUUGCACGUCCUGCUUUCUAAGGUUCAUGGCCUAUACGGUAUACCUAACCUAAAAUAUUUAUCGGCUACAACAAAAAUAUGGUUUUAGUAAUUACACUUUUUAGCUGUUGAAAAAUCCACAACGGAACAAUAGUUUAUUUAAGCGUUUACAAGAAAAAGUCACCAUUGGAUUAGUCCAAAGGGUCAUACUACAUCUAUUAAAGUACAAAACUGUGUAGCUAAACAAAAGGUACCUUUCAUAUUUUCAAACAAAGAUGCUGUAACAUGGUAUACUUGUGGUCCUACAGUUUAUGAUGAUUCCCAUGUGGGGCACGCCAGCUGUUAUGUGAAAUUGGAUAUCAUCCAGAGAAUUUUAAAGGAGCAUUUUGGUUUUACUCUUAUUACUUGCAUGAACAUAACUGAUAUAGAUGAUAAAAUAAUUGCAAAAGCCCAGGAGCUAAACAGUCCUUAUCAACAAAUUGCACAAAAAUAUGAAAAGUUGUUUUGGAAAGAUUUGGAUGAUUUAAAAAUUGAUAAACCUAAUGUGGUUCUUCGAGUAACUGAAAAUAUCCCACUAAUAAUAGAUUUUAUUAACAAUCUAAAGAGCAAAGGUUUGGCAUAUAAAUCUAUGGAUAAUUCUGUUUAUUUUGAUUCUUCAAAUUGUCAUCAUAAGCCUGGCAAAUUGCAAGCCAUUGGAACCACUCCUUCAGAGCAAACCAAUCCAUACAAAAAGCUUCCAGAGGAUUUUGCUCUAUGGAAGGCAGUCAAAUCUGAAUUGGAGCCUUGUUUUGAUAGUCCAUGGGGGAAAGGUAGACCAGGAUGGCAUACUGAAUGUUCAGCUCUAGCUUCUUAUGUCUUUGGUUCAAAAAUUGAUAUUCAUGCCGGCGGACUUGAUUUGAGGUUUCCCCAUCAUGAAAAUGAAGAGAUUCAGAGUUGUGUUUUUCAUGAUACACUACAGUGGGUAAAUUACUGGUUACAUAUAGGACCAUUGUAUGUAAGUGACUCUAUUAAAAUGUCAAAAAGUUUGAAAAAUACUGUUUCUAUUCAAGAAAUGUUAAAUAAAACUAAUGCUGAUGUAUUUCGACUUGCCUGUGCUAUGACUCAGUAUCAUAAGCCUAUGGAGUAUAGUAAUGAUUUAUUAUUAACUGCAAAGAAUUUACUAAAUUCAUACAAUAAUUUUUUUUCUAUUUGUAAUGAUAUUAGUUCUGGUCUUCUGAAACCUGCAUUAAAUAGUGAUGUUCUACAGGUAUCUCUUACACAGUUAGCAGUAGAUAUUCAUGGUGCUCUUUCAGAUGAUUUUAAUACACCUCAAGUUUUUCAUGCUAUUAAUAAGGCUAUUAAUACUGUCAAUAAAAUGGUUCAUGGUGCAACAACUUCACAGAUAAAAUUCAAUAAUGGAAUUCAUUAUCUUUUAGGAAUUAGUAGGCUAAUCUUAAAAACUUUAAACAUGUUUGGUGUUGAUGCAAGUGAUAAAAAAUAUAAGGUGAAAACUGAGGAUUCCUCUGAUAUUGUUAAUACCUUUGUACAGUUUAGGCAAGAUGUUAGGAAUAUAGGUUUAAGUAGUCAUAAUAAAGAAAUUCUCCAACUUUGUGAUAAUGUAAGAGAUAAGUUGAGAAGUUCCGGAAUAAAUAUUAAAGAUCAUAAAAAUGUCUCCUCUUGGAGUAGAUAAGAAUUUUUUACUAACAUAAUUUAUUUUAGAUAGACAAUAAUUAAAAGAC